GAAAAAUACGUUAAGAUUAAUGAGCACUAGUGGCCUAGCCAUCUAGAUUCGGAUUUCAAAGAGGAUUAUGGGCGUGUAUCUGAAUUAGAUGGUAAGAUUACGAAUCUGGGUAAUUUAAAGUAGGAUUAGCGUCUUAAUCGCACGGUCCGCGGCGCUGAAUCCCCCCGCAUCCCUGCGAAUAAACAGCCAAACAGACAAUUAGGAUGCGGAGAUGAUUUUUGUGACGCUGCGAUGGCUACCUGCGGGGAUACCGAAAUGAAAAGCACAAUAAGGAUCCGGUUUGGUUUCACGAUGGUUUAGUAUAUUGGUGCUUUCUGAUUUAUUGGCCAUGAUUUUCCUGCGGAGGCUCGUGCAGCUGGUGGUGCUGCUGAUCCAGAGCGGAUGGUGGGGGGUCGCGCCGAGCCCCACCGAUGAAGGAGCACUCCGGGCAGGCCACGGGGAGCACGGAGAGCCGGGACACCAGGAGCCACACAAGGACUCCUACAGCACUUUUGCUUCUGAGUUCCUGGAGUCCAGAUAUCUGUCCGAUGAUGGUUAUCCGUUCCCCACCGCCCCACCAGUGGAUCCCUUUGCCAAGAUCAAAGUCAGCGACUGUGGAGUAACCAAAGGCUGCAUAAGGUAUGGGAAGCCAGGUUGUGAUGCAGAGACAUGUGACUACUUUCUGAGUUAUCGUCGCAUUGGUACAGACGUGGAGUAUGAGAUGAGCGCAGACACUGACGGUUGGGUGGCUGUAGGUUUCUCCUCUGACAAGAAAAUGGGAGGAGAUGAUGUCAUGGGCUGUGUCCAUGAUGACAAUGGUCGUGUGCGGAUCCAUCACUUCUACAACGUUGGUCAGUGGGCCAAGGAGAUCAAGAGGAACCCAGCCAGAGAUGAGGAGGGCAUUUUUGAGAACAAUCGGGUGACCUGCCGUUUCAAGCGUCCGCUGUAUGUCCCCAGAGAGGAAACGCUUGUGGACUUACACCUGUCAUGGUAUUACCUGUUUGCAUGGGGUCCUGCCAUUCAAGGUUCCAUCACAAGGCAUGACAUUGACAGUCCGCCAGUCAGUGACCACAUGAUCAGUAUCUAUAAGUACGAGGACAUCUUCAUGCCUUCCACAGCUUACCAGACCUUCAACUCUCCCCUCUGCUUACUGCUCAUUGUAGCUCUCACCUUCUACCUACUAAUGGGAACGCCAUAAUGAAGCACAGCAGAGCACAGACUGGAGAAAAAAGGGAAGAGAAGAUGAAGCAGCAAUAAAAGAAAGUUGCCAUUUUCAUUAGAUGCCACAUUCAAGUGUUCACUUUGCACAAAUAGACCCAGUGUUAGAUAUAUGAAACAUUAUAGAGAAUAUAUAUUCAUUACUCUGAACUCAUACAGAGGAUCUUGACAAAUUAUUAAACCUAUACUGUAGAGGUGUUAUGUACUGGUGUCAGUACAAAACAAGAGGUCUAAUAAGAGUAGUGUUAUAUUAUAAAUAGGCCAAUUAUUUUCAGUAUUUAUUAUAACUUCCAAGUAUUUAACAAAAUAUGAAGAGUACACAUGCCAAUAAAUAAAUCACAAAUCUUUGAAAAUGUUGCAUGCACUUGAAAAUCUGGGAAUGAUUUCAAAAAUCCACUGUUCACUGGUGAUGAGAAGACAGUGGCCUCAUGUUGAACUUGGCUAAAACACAAAAGUUUUCUGAGGACAAAAGAAACCACACAGCUCACAACCGUUUGCACACACUCUUCCUGUCCCUUUACACAUGCUUAAAAGGAAAAAAGACGGUAUAUUUAGUGGUUUGCACUAUCAAAAUAUAGUUUCCAAGGUUUGAGGCACUGCCUACUGUAUAAGCAUUUACCAUGUAAAAGAUUUUCAUUAACAUUUUUUUUUUUUUUGGCUCAUCUUAUUUUUCCACAAUUUCCGUUAGCAGCUCUUCCCCCAUCUUUCACCACAGUGGCUGUUGGGUUUGUUUAUCAGUACUGUGGCACUGUGACUGUGUAACAGAGAGAGACUGCUACAUGACUUCUUGUUGCCUACGUGUGCAACAACACACUGAACAAGAACAAACUGUGGAUUCAAGAACAUUUUUCCUUGGGCAUGGACUAAUUUUUUCCCCACAUUGUUAAUGUAGCCUUUUGAUCUGUAUAAAAAAUGACUGGAUAUGUUAAAAUGCCUCCCACUGAAACAAUCUGCCAUGAUUGUGUUUAUUAUCAAUAAACAUUUUAAGAAAAUACAAUACAGCAUAUUCAAGAAAAUACAAAUAGCCAAAUAAAGCCAUUGGACAUAUUUUUAGUAGAAUUAUAAGGAUAUUCAGGACUGUAGCUAAUACUGAGACACUGAUGUCAUGUCCCUCGUAUAUUUUGGUAGAAGUCAGGUGAGGGAAAUAGUCUUCCAGGUUAACAAUCAGUGACUACCUCAACUUACAUUUGAAAAAAAAACAAAAUUUUGAAAAUAUAAAAAAAAAGCCCCAAAUCAAAAUUUUGGUCUUACCCCCAACAGAAACCUUUUUGGUGUAGUUGAGAGAAAGAAUACAUCAGUGUUGUUUUUAGGGACCUGCCUUCUCUGUUUCCAUGCAUAACAUGUAUAAAUAAGGACCAUUUAUAGAUCAAAUAGUAGCUGUAACCAAAAGCUUCUAACUACACUGGAUCAAUACGCCUUACUUUAAGUACUGGUUAUGGCCCUUGUUAUUCAUUUUUUCCCCGACGUUGUCAAUGUG